AUGGCAGCUUCGCGCAUCACCCGCAAACGAACAAACGCAUCGUCAUCUGGAAAGGCAAAAAAAUUCCCUCCUCCAUCUUCUUCUACAAAAAGCGUCCAUGAAGUGGCAAUUUUGAAGAAUGAACAAAAAGAGGAGGACAAAAAGCGCGAUGAAAAACCUGGUUGCGAUGAGAUUACAGAUCCGAAACGCGGUGGAAACGAUCAAUCGAAUAAUGAAGCUUUGGAAAAUUACUCAAUUCCGUUGAUCCACGCGAAUGCGGCGGCGAAAACCGUGGACGCGAAUCCGCAUUUGUCGCCGCCUAAAUUUUCGUAUAAAAAAGUGCCUUCGAAUACUAUUAUUCAACCGUCGUCCUCGGCGGGAAACGAAUGGACGCCGCGACACUUUCCGGUCUUUUCACUUCAACAACAACAACAACAUCAUCAACAACAUCAUCAUCAACAACAACAUCAUCAACAACAACAGAUGCUGCAGAUGAUGAUGUCACACCAUGCUGGAAUGAUGGAUCCGUCUUCAAACGCGUUCAUGCAAUACAACAAUUACGGAGCAAACGGAGGAGCAGCGGGAGGAGCAGCCAACCACCACGCCCAAAACAACGUCCUCAUGGGAAAUCCGAUUCACGAUUUUUUACAAAUGCAACAAAAUCCAACGGCGUUUCCAACGAGGUAUUUGAUCAACGCGCAGAACGGACCGUUUCCAUUUCCAUGGCCACCGGUAGGGAUGCCACCGUUUCCGACGUUCCCGGCGGCGGCUGGUAUGAGUGGGGCACGACAUCAAAUUGAUAACGCCGCCGCUCCUCCUCCUACUACGACGCCUCUUUUGGUGAAACGCGGCGAAGGAGACGCGCAGCAAAAGGUAGACGAAUACGAUAAGAACGAGAACAACACCCAAAAGAAGAGCAAUGCAGCAGCAGCAGCAGGAGUAGCAGCAGCAACAGCAGCAGAAGACCAAGAAAACGAAAAAGAUACGAGGACGGUGAUGACGACGACACGGUUAGCCGAAAACGGUAGCGGGAUGUCGAGCGACAAUUUCCAAACGACGACGGUGACGACGGCGGCCAACAACACAUUCGGUUCCGUAUCGAAUGGGAAAAAGACGGCAACGAGAGUGUUACCCACGGAGGAGCAAUUAGAGCAUCGACAACGUUAUUUGCAGCAACAGCAACAGUUGAAUCAGUUCAACGCUUUCAACGCUUUGCAGCAAAGUGGCGCGGCGUAUAGCGCGUACGCCGCCGCGUUGUCAAUGGGGCAGCCGAAUACAGAUUCUCCCUCGUUCGCGGCGCAACAUGCGUUUCAACAACAUCAGCAGCAACAGCAACAUCUUCAUAACAUGAUGAACAACAACUUCAAUAGCAAUCAGCAGCAUCAACAACAAAUGUAUCUUCAUCAACAGCAGCAUCAACAACAACAGCAACAGCAACAACAACAUCAAGAGCACGAGUAUCAACAGCCGCCGCCACAUUCACAGACGACGACAACCACGCCGAAGAAAGGGAAGCAAGGUGUUCCAAAAUCGAACAGAAACCGUUUAGUUUGGAACGAUGAGUUGCACAGAAGGUUUAUGAACGCGGUGAACCAUCUCGGGUUGGAUGCAGCGGUGCCGAAAACAAUCAUGCAGAUGAUGAACGUGGAAGGUUUGACGAGGGAAAACGUUGCGAGUCACUUGCAGAAGUAUCGUUUAAAACAAAUGACGGCUGAAGAGAAGGCAGCCAUGAAUGCUAAGAGUGCCAUGAAAAAGAACGAAUCGCACUCCACCAUGGACGAUUCUUAUUAUGCGGGAGAAGGGAAAGAGUUGUUAAAUGGAAACGUGCCGAACAAAAGAGGGGCAUCGUUGAAACGACCGGCAGGGUCAGAAACAGAUAUUCUCGAAGGUACGAAGAAGUCUAAAACUGAAAUUGAAGGCACUGCCGACUAUGAAGCAGCUCCUACUGAGGUGAACAUUACUGCUACUGCUAAUACUACCAAAGAUGGUCCCGCUGCUCAAGAAGGGAAAGAUUCCGGCGAAUCGAGCGACGAACGCGACGCCGGCAACAACUCUGGCGGCGAGAACAACUCCAAGCAUCCUCCGUACCAUCACAGCGAUACCAACGAAAAGGAGCAACAGGAGCAAGAGUUGCCAAAGAAACAACAACGUUCGAAACGAGGAAAGUCCUCGAGCGACGACGAAGCUUCGGACAAAGAUAACUUCGGUCAACAACAUCGUGUCGUCGUCGGAAACUAA